UGCCGCGACGCCCGUCCGUCUUACGCCCCAGCCCCGAAGACUGCUGGCACCGAUUUUAGGUACCUGCCUGCCCAGUACGUCCGUUCCCUGGCACGCAUGGCGCCAGACAGGUGGGCGGGCGCGCUACCUAGGUACUGACUGAGGUUCCCUCUCGCAGUUGCAGCCGCCUCUCGCAAACGCCGCCUCUCGCAGCCGCAACCUCACCCGGCCGCCCCCCCACCUCUUUCGCGCCCACCCCCUUGUCAGCGGGAUUUCGCGAGGUGGGAGGCUCUCAUGUUUCUCCCUCGGACGGGCCAACCAAUGUACCAAGUACCCUCUCGCGUAAUCCAUCAAAUUCUUAAAGUGCCUGCUGGUCCGCCCACGUUCCCAGCCGCACACCUGCCGCCCCCGCUCUCUGACGCCCGCCCACUCUCGGUGAUUGUCCAUCUCGUCCAUCAUCGCAAACUUUUCACCCUCUCUCUUCACUAUUGCGGGCUUUCUCGUCACCUUCGGCCUGGAUCUGAGCCGUAUAAACACCAUCAAGCUCCGUUGGCUGGGUUUGGUGGAGGCACUGACAUACACACCGUCGUUGGGCGUGGCCCCUCACUUUAAGCUUUCCGUCCGCUUGUUGCCCAUCCUGCGGCUCGUCCCGUCACUCCCGUCGUUCGACCGUGGACGGAAUCCGCCACCAUGAGUAGCUACUUCGACGACGAGGAAGACGUUGACAUCCACGUCCGACACCGCGGGCACUCGCCCCGCCCCGUCCGCUAUGUGCAGAGCCCCCCCCGACCCCGGAGCUACUAUGGGGUCCCCGCCGGGCCCAGCUAUCUCGUUCCAGAGCAGCACACCACUGUUGUGGCCCGCUCCCGUUCCCGCUCCCGCGACCGUCGCCCGAGCCCUCCGCAGCCCGCCCCGGCCAACCCCGUCAUCAUUAACAACCGCUUCUACAACGAGUACUCGUCCGAUGACGACGAAGACCACCGCCGUCGCGGCCAGGUAGCUCGCCGUCACCACCGUCACAGCUCCGGUUCUCGCUCGCGCUCUCGUUCGCGAUCGUCUGCAUACAAGACUCGUGAGGAGUGGGAAGCCGAGCAGGCGCGCCGGGAGCUCGAGCAGAUGCGACUAGCUCAUUCCCGCGACAAGGAUGAGCGGCGCCUGGCUAAGGAGUAUCGCGACGAGGCCGAGCUUCAGCGUGCUAAGCGGGAGCUCGACGAGAUCAAGAAGCGGGAGGCUCGUGCCGAGGACGAGAAGCGCAUCAAGCGCGAGCUGGAGUUGAAGCGCCUCAAGGAAGAGGAGGAGGCGGCUGAGCAAAAGAAGCGACGAGACAAGGAGGCUGCCGAGGCCGUCGAGCGCUAUAAGAAGGCAGAAGCGGACCGGAUGGCCAAGGAAGCCAAGCAAAAGGCGGAGGCCGACAUGGAAUACAAGCGCCGCCUCCAGGAAGACCUCCUCAAGUCGGGACUGGACGAGAAAGCAAUUGCUGCCAUUAUCGAAAAAAAGAAGGUCCCCGAAGUGUCCCAACCCGGUGACCGCCCCACCUACACACGCAUGGCACGGCGUCACUUGUCGAUUGAGACGCUGCGGACGUUCAGGGUGGACUUUGAUGUGGAUACGGACCCGGAGUAUCUACUGAUCAAGCGGUGGGUGCCCGAGUGGGAGCAAGAAGAGUUCUGGAUGCACACAAGAACGAUCCGUGAGAAGCGCACGAGCGGCGGCACGCUUCUCAUCGAGGAGAAGAAGCACCGUCACCUAGAGCCCGAGUUUGAAUGGGUCCGCAAGAAGCACGACCGCAAGAGGAGCAAGUCACCGGGGGUUCUCAUGUAUUUGGCUGGAGGGCGUCCGAGGUGAAGACCGCCACAGCACUCAACCCGGCAAACGACGACCGUCAGGUCAAGGAGACGGGAUCGACGUCAUGGUGCCCGGAGAGAACAUUGCCAAUUCUCCCGGCCGAACAAUUCAUCGCCUUUCCGGUUUCGCCGCCCCUCAUUCUCUUUUCCUUCGUCGACCAUAUAUAGCUACGUUUCAUCGCCCCUUCUGCCACGAUUUACACGUCUCACUUCAUGACAAUUACGUCUCGUUAUGAUGAGUUGGAUUUGAGUCUAAAGUCUUUUAUACCAUGAGCAAUACAACGAGAUGAAUUCCCAACUCAGUUCACCUGCGUAUGAGCUCCUCGUAGACGGUCCAUGCCAAGGCUGAGCUGAGGGCCUUGCGAC